AUGAACGCAACCACCGUGCCAUCCAAAGCCACCAUUCAAGGGUCGUUCCGGGCUGCGUCGACGACACGGACGUACCUAACCUACCAAAAGCAGUUCUUCCUGUUUUGCCAGGAAGUUCUGGCUGUUGAUCCUGCGUCCGCAGGGCCAAGUGCUUGCACGGACUUCUUCCACCAUCUAUACGGUCAGGGCAAGACAGCUCGCACCGUUGACUCUGCCAAAACUGCUCUUGUCGCAUACUUUCGAGACCUCAAGGUCGACCCCAACCCUGCCCGAGACGUCGAAUCAAAGCAGUACGUUGUUGGACUGCAAAAGUACAACAAGAAAAACAACAUCGACGACGAAAAAAAGGCGCACCCCCUCUCUGUGCACGAGCUAUCGUGCCUGGUCAACUCACUUUCGACAAGCCACCUCUUUGUGGGUGCCAUGUACCGGUUCCUCCUGAGUGCGAGCUACUUGGGCUGCUUCAGGAUCAGCGAAAUGCUCAACUUGACGUGGGAUGAUGUUGCCAUCAAGCACGACGGCGACUCCCAGUACGUAUCACUUCGGCUCCGGUGGCACAAAAAGGCCAGUGUGCAAAGCGAUUGCCAGAUUUACCACCUUGUGGACGAGAAGUCCUUUCCUUGCCUGCGCGUGUGCGGUUUGUUUGGUGACUACGUGGAUUUCGUAAAGCGGGCGAGUCCCAAUUUGGCCACAAAGUCGUUCGUAUUUCCGGCGUACACAAUUGAAGCCAACGGGACACCGAAGCUCAAUUGGAAUUACAUUGCACAGUAUGCGGCGUGGUGGCAGCUUCUACCGCGUGUUUGA